UUUAUGGACCUUACACGAUCAAUAACACGCCCGCGCAACAUAGUGUUAUUGGCUGGCAGAAUAGUGGCCGUGACGUCACAAAAGCAGUACUGCUUCCAUCUAUUUUCAGCCAAGGUAACUAGGUACAAAACGGCCACUAGCACAUACAGCAUGCGGCGAGAUCUCAACCGGUAAGAAGGGUGAGCAUGGCAAUUAGAUGUGGACAGUUAAUGUGAGUUCUCCAUCAUUGAAUCCCAUACAAGUGGGGUGAAUGCAGAAGAGUGCGAAGUUCUUUGAAACUUCAUAGAGACAUAUGAAGCCUUACCGGAACUGUGGAACCCUACUAACUCAAUGUACUUAAAUAAGACAAAAAGGAAUAUAGCCUUGGACAAACUGCUGAACAUAUACGUUAAAAUAAAACCAGGGGCUAGUCUCGCUGAUGUGAGACAAAAAAUCAACAUGCUUCACUGUAACUACAGGAAAGAAUUAAAGAAAACUGUGUCAUUGAAAAGAUGAGGAAGCGGUAUGGAUGAAGUGUAUGAGCCUACCUCCUGGGUAUUUUAUGCCCUCCAGUUUCUCGACAAAUUCGAGCAACCAGUCAAUGCCAGAGUACAACAGAUAGACAAGGACACUCAUGAUGGAACAGACUGUGAGGUACGCAGAGAGCAAUUCCUGACAUCAGCAGCCCCUACUGCAUCACAAUCAUCAGUUCUUCCACCCCCACCACUACCACCCAUGAAGCGACAUGUGCUUGAACCAACUGCGAAACAAAAUGAGCCUCUACAGAAAGCUUGUUCAUAUCUGGACCAACGGAGGGAACCCCAAGAAAAUAUCCCGACCUUUGCCAAGGCUUGGGGUGAGAAACUCAAUACACUGGAUCCUCAGCAAAGAGCUUUAGCUGAGAAAGCUGUUAGUGAUAUCCUUUUUGAGGCGAGUCAAGGCACUCUGUACAGAUAUUUUGUGAAAAUCAAUGAAGAUCCCUGUACAGGACCAUUUCGUCGCUAACCUCCUUCCCCAUCACUUCAAUCCUUCUCAUCUGUGGAUACCUCUUCUCGUCCCUCCCCAACUGAAGAACAAGAAGAUGCAUUGCCUACAUUCUUUACAAACUCUAAACCCUAAUUAUGAUCUUUUAUGUUGUUUUGUAACAGUUUCAUGUUUUGUUAGUCACAUGCUUUUCAAUACAAUUUUUUGUGUUUCAUUGUUCAAGAUAUUGUAUUCUAAUAAAUAAUUUCUAACUAGUUGAUAUGUUUUAAAUAUACCCUACUGCACUUGAAUUUUAACUUAUACGAUGAGCAAAUCAUUAAUACAAAACAAUUAUACAAGAGAGGACUGACCUUGCAGAACGUAUACAGUCACUUCACAUGUUUCAACAACAGCAACGCUUAUUGCAGCAGGUGACAUGACAGCUGAAAACAUGAGGUCUUCAAAGUUUAUUCCUGUAGCCAGGUACCUCAGGGUCACUGCUAAUCUUUCAUUCACCUGUAAACUCUUCCUCGUGUUAGUGUCUUAAAAAGGUAAAGUUGUCCCUGU